GAAAUGUAAAGAAUUUUAGCUUGCUAAUUCUCAGAUGUCCAAAACGGGAAUGAUGGGGAAAACUUAUUUGAAAAAUGCAAUAGUUAACGUCUCUCUCUGUCCGGAAAUGCAUUGCCAGGCUGUGAGAUUGUGACUCGAAGAACCUCUUGAUCAUCAAAGGUGCAGAAAAAGCCAAGUCAAUGUAGGUGAAGUUACCAUAAAGUUCUCUAGUUUACAACCCUUUUGUUUCCAAAGGCCACAUGGAAUAGAACAGCAUACAAAAAAGUAACUGUCGGUCCACAAGGUCAGUUUUGACAAUUUACAUGUCUGGCGGUAGCUAGAUACAUCAUUGUGAAGGAAAGGGCUUUUUAGAAACCAUGAACGAGCCACACUCUACUACCAAACCAACUGGUUCUUUUGGAUCGAUUCAUUGAUGUCUUCUUUGUUCUUGACACUGUAGAGUGUUAGAUCUCUCCAAUCAACAAGAAAAGCCCAAAUCAAACCCACCAAGAAAUUCUGGUAAAGAAUUUUAAAAAAUUGAAAAACUAACCCCAGAAGAUAAUGCAAGAAUCUGUAGCUGAACCAGAACCGGAGGAUGAAGAAGUAAAGCUCGAGUUCCUCUUCAAUUAUGGCAAACUCUAAGUUCAGUGUUCUCAUCUUCAACAUUAUCUUUGUCCUGUCCGUUGCAGUUUUCAAGUUAUCACAAGCUAAAUCAUCAGGACUAGCAUUGGCACAAAUUAAGCAGCAAAAGCAAGACCAGGACAGUGAGCCAUUUGUGGGUCUUAACAUAGGCACCGAUGUGUCCGAUCUCUUGUCAGCAACAUCACUUGUUUCUUUUCUGCUAGUUCAAAAGAUCACUCACAUUCGCCUAUAUGAUGCUAAUCCUGAUAUACUCAAAGCAUUGGCUAAAACCAAGAUCCGGAUCAUGAUUAGUGUCCCUAAUAAUCAGCUUCUUGCUAUUGGCUCCUCCAAUACCACAGCAGCCUCUUGGAUUGAUCGAAAUGUUGCUGCAUACUAUCCAGAGACUUUAAUUACUUCAAUUGCUGUUGGUGAUGAGGUGUUAACAACUGUACCCUCUUCAGCUCCUUUGCUUAUGCCUGCUAUUGAGUCACUUUAUAGUGCUUUAGUUGCUGCAAAUUUGCAUACCCAAAUCAAGAUUUCUACUCCACAUGCUGCUUCUAUAAUUCUCGAUCCAUUUCCACCUUCUCAGUCUUUCUUUAAUCAGAGUUGGAGUUCAGUAAUGCUUCCUCUGCUUCAAUUUUUAUCAAAAACCGGGUCCCCAUUGAUGAUGAAUCUUUAUCCAUAUUAUGUGUUUAUGCAAAACAAAGGAGUGGUGCCUCUUGAUAAUUCUUUGUUUAAGCCCUUGACACCAUCUAAAGAAAUGGUUGAUCCUAAUACUUUGUUGCAUUACACUAACGUGCUUGAUGCUAUGAUUGAUGCUGCUUAUUUUUCUAUGAAGAAUUUGAAUGUUACUGAUGUUGUGGUUCUUGUUACUGAGACUGGGUGGCCUUCAAAGGGUGACUCAAAAGAGCCUUAUGCUACUAUUGACAAUGCAGACACGUACAAUUCUAAUCUGAUUAAGCAUGUUCUUGAUCGUAGUGGGACUCCUUUUCAUCCAGAAAUCACUUCCAGUGUAUAUAUAUACGAAUUGUUCAAUGAGGACUUGAGGUCACCGCCAGUAUCAGAAGCAAAUUGGGGAUUGUUCUAUGGAAAUUCAACACCAGUUUAUUUGCUUCAUGUUUAUGGAAGUGGGACCUUUUUGGCUAAUGAUACAACAAACCAAACAUAUUGUAUUGCAAUGGAUGGUGUUGAUUCGAGAACAUUGCAGGCAGCAUUGGACUGGGCAUGUGGACCAGGAAGGGCUAAUUGCAGUGAGAUUCAGCCAGGGGAGGGUUGUUACCAGCCUAACAAUGUGAAGAACCAUGCUUCUUAUGCAUUUGAUAGCUAUUACCAGAAGGAAGGGAAGGCUCCUGGAUCUUGUGAUUUCAAGGGUGUGGCCAUGAUCACCACCACUGACCCAAGUCACAGUAGCUGUAUAUUUCCAGGAAGUAAGAAAAUAAGCAAUAAAACAAGGACAGUAAUGAACACAACCAUAUCAAGUGGCGCAACAGAUAGUUCAAGACUAAUCAUCUUCAGAAGCAGUAGGACAAUCAUAAUUGAUAAGGGUUUAAGCAAUUUCUUGGCUGUAAUAUUCUCUAUUUUGUUAUACAUUCCUUUUGUAAACUACUAGUGUUGAGGUGCCAAAAUAAAAACAAUUUUUUUGAGGUA